AUGGAUGGUCCAAUAAGGGUACUUGGAGAUGGCCAAGUAGACCCUGGGUUUUACAAUUCAGAUGAUUACAACAGUCGCUUAGACGGGCUUAAAAUAAGGCAGGAAUUCGAGGUUCCUGCUGCCAAGCAGCAGCUAAGACAUGUUAAUGAUGUCAAUGACUACUUUCAACCUCAGGAACCUACUGGAGAAGUUUCUGUUUCAUCACACUACUGGAAGAUUCCUGAUAAGCGUCAGUACUUGACGGCCAUUGCAACACAUGAGACUGAUCCCUUGGUGGCCAUUGCUAGUGGAUCUAGAGAAUCCAACCUAUUCAUAUAUGAGCUUGACAAAAAUGAACUGGAUGCGUCAAAGUCUAUUUUAACUCAUCACCAGACUAUAACUCUGGCAGAAAUUCACUCUCUUGCAUGGGCGUCCCCCAAUGAUCCUCUGGGACAACAGGGCAAUGUCAUAUUCACUGGUCACAACACUGGCAUGGUACAUAUGAUUUUAUUACCGGAUCCUUACAGAAGCAGUGAUCCAGCGGAGAUAAUGAAACGCUUUAAUCAUAACCGACAUGUAGAAGGCGCCACUAGUACGAGGAUAAGUCAAUUAGGACUCACCAGUGGCUCCUGGACGUGUUCAGCGCCAACUUCUAUCAUGUCACUGUUUAAUGAGCAUCUUUUCCUGUGGGAUCCCAGUCGGAGUGAUAUGCCUAUCAUGAAGAAAAAGAUUCGAGGCGUCUCGUGCUUUGAUAUAUCUACGCUUCAUGAUGGCGUGAUAUCGGUGGGUAGUUCUAAAGGUAUAUCCAUACGAGAUGUGAGGGCAAAGGGAUCACAUGGGUUAUCUCCACCAACUGGCAACGACAAGAAGGUUACACAAGUCAAAUGGUCUCCAUUUGAUGCAAACAUAGUAGCCGCAGUACAUGAUGGAAAUACUUUAAAAGUAUGGGAUGUGCGAGCCAAUGCUCCAAUGCUCACUUAUCAUGGACACUCGGAUAUUAUCAACUCGAUAAAUUGGUCUAACACUGACUCUAAUCAGCUCUGGUCAGCCUCAGAUGACAAUACUAUUAGAAUGUGGGAUAUAGAUGAGAGUCAAGAACAACAGCGACAAGUGGACAGUAUUAGUAAUUCAGUCCAGUCGGUACGAAACAACGAGAAGGAUGCUAAAUGGGUACCGACAAAACCUUGGAAGUUAUAUCGCCAAAGACUGUCAAGAUAUAAUGAAUCAUUCUCUCUUGGAUAUUUCGUUGAUCCAAGUCAAGGAGGUACCUUGUCGUCCACGACGAUAUUUUCUGAAUCCAAGCAAUUCUUAUCGCUGGCAUCAUUUCCCAACACUAGACAUGGUGAUCAAAGUAUCCUAUCGAUUGAUAACGAUGGGUUCUUUGGAUUGCAUGUCAAGGAAAAUUCUAAUGCAGGUAGUCGUAGAGGCAGCUUUGGAUAUAGCGAUAGCAUGGAUUCCAGUGAUAGUGACAUUGGUAGUUCAUAUUCAGUCCCAACAGUUUGA